UCUAGUGACGGCUGUGUCCGCGCCGCCCACCUGUAGCCCACAGAUGGCAGCCCGCGGGCGCGAGUCAUAAAAGCGCGCGCGUGUAUAUGCGUCGCUCACUACACUAGUACGGCACGCGUCGGCAACUACACUACGGGACGCCACCGCACUACGUAACAGCCACAAUGCGACUUCUUCUAUCCGCCAUUUUGUUGAUGUCCGCCAUCUUGUCGUGCGCGACGCAAGCGCAGUACCCGCGCCCACGCCGCCCCGAGCGCUUCGACACAGCGGAGCAGAUCUCCAACUACCUGAAGGAGCUACAGGAGUAUUACUCCGUACACGGUAGAGGAAGAUACGGAAAACGGCAAAUGCACAUAGCGGACGCAUCUGUAAUUUUCAGAGAGACGCCAUUUAUGGACCAUUCCAUAAAUGAGGACGUACUAUUUAAAAACCUCGGAUAUAAGUAAAACAUGGACUAAUUAAAUACAUAUUAAUAUUAUCUAAACAGAAAUUGACCGUUUAUAAUGACGAUAUUGUUUGAUCAACCUUUUUGGCGGGAAAGUCUAUGGUGUCCUUUUUUAACUGUGCGUACUAGACUUAGACAUGCUAUUCAUAAUGCCAUAAAAAGUUACUAGUCGAAUUAGUAUGUAAACACUGUCCAUGUUACUUUCUAGUCAAUUAUUGUUAGUUUUACGUGAUUUAGAUGUUAAUAUCCCUAAGUCUAGUUUUCAGGCUGGGUGAAAACUAAUAAUAGGGGUGCUAACUCAAGUAAACAUUAAUUUAUAAGAAUUGAGAAAUAAUAACGGUAUGAAAUAUGUAUUAAAUGGUAAUAAGGAAAUACAACACUGUAUCAUG